AUGCGCCUGUCCCAGGCGUACCGUGCCUCCUGCCUGGCCCCGAAGCCAUACCCAGCUCCGAAACCCCGACUGCUGCACACGGCUGCCUGGAUUCGUGCCGCUGCAGUGCGCCCUGAUACUCUGGAUCCGGAGGUUGAUGAGGUGAUCAAGGCCAUCCAUGCCACACCCACCAGGCUUGCCCUCACCGUGACGGGGGGCGGGGUGCAGGCAAUUUCGUGGCUGCUGGGGGUCCCAGGUGCCUCCCGCACAGUCCUGGAUGUGCAGGUGCCAUACUCCCCCACCGCCCUGAAGUCCCUGCUGGGCGGCCAGGCCUUCGCCUCUGCCUCCAGCCCGGACAGCGUCGCCGCCCUGUCCCAGGCGGCAUUCCAGAGGGCAGCCAGCCUGACGGCCCUCGGCACACCCGUGGCAGGGUUGGCGUGCAGCGCCGCCCUCGGCACCGACCGCGUGAGGCGCGGGGAGGACCGGGUGUACAUCGCCGCGCAUGGCACCGGCGGCCGCGCCAGCUUCAGCCUGGUUCUGGACAAGGCCGCGCCCCGCCCACGCUGGGCUCAGGAUGCGGUGGCCUCCCGCCUGCUCAUCCACGCCGCGGCUCUUUCCUGCGGCCUGCCCGUCCCCGAGGGCGACCUGGCGCGGCGCUGGCUCCGGCUGGAACCGGGGGAUGUGCUCGAGAGCGGGCGGCCGCAGCCGCCCCCGACCCUACGGCAGGCGCUUCAGAGCCUGGGCCGUGGUGAAAUCACAUCUGUAGAGGCGGGUCUGGGACCGGUCACUGCCGGGGCUCCGAGGGGGGGCAGGCUGUACCUUCCUGGCAGCUUCAAUCCGCUGCAUGCGGGGCACACGGCCAUGCUCCAGGCGGCGCAGAGCCUCUGCCCUCAGCUGGAGGGGUGCUACGAGCUGUCGACGGGGAACGCCGACAAGGGCCUCCUGCUCGUGGAGGAGGUGGAACGCCGCGUGAGGCACUUUGAGGAGGCACGCCUGCCAGUGGUCCUGACCCAGGUCGGCUUGGCGCCCCUCUACGCCCAAAAGGCCCGGCUCUUCCCCGGCAGCGUCUUUGUCAUCGGCUACGACACUGCAAUCCGUCUGCUGGACCCCAAGUAUUAUGGCUCUCGCGAGGACAUGCUGCUCCAGCUCGACCGCCUGGGCACCAGCGGCUGCUCGUUCCUCGUGGCAGGCCGGCUGGACACCCAGACCCAGCAGUUCAUGCGGCCGGAGGACCUGGCCGUCCCGCCCCAGCUCAAGCCCCUCUUCCGAAGCAUACCAGAGAGCCUGUUCCGUGCAGACAUCUCCUCCACCCAACUUCGAGCCCAGGGGGCGUGCUAA